GGAGGGAAUAAAGGCGGGUGGGAACAGGUGCAGCGAAAUGGAGUAAACUCUGUGUCCAGAAAGCUCUGCAAUGGAGACUGGGAUGGAAGAAGACGACUCCACGGCCGAACUCUUGAGGGACCGAUUCCGACUGUCUGCCAUUUCCAUCGCUGAAGCUGAAGCGAAGAGAAGCGGGAUGGAAAUCUCUGUACCGGUGAUGACUUGUGUCGCUGAGUUAGCGUUCAAAUAUACAAAACAGUUGGCAAAGGACCUUGAGUUAUUUGCUCAUCAUGGUGGUCGGAAAUCUGUGAAUACGGAAGACGUCAUACUCUCAGCCCAUAGAAACGAGCAUCUGGCUGCCUCAUUAUCGUCCUUCUGCCAUGAACUAAAGACAAAAGAACCUCAAAGUGAGAGAAAGCGGAAAAAGGCACCAAAAAAGGAAGAUAAAAGUGCAAUACAUAUUACUGACGCAUAAUCACAUCUCCCGGUGGGCAGAUCUCUAGUUAGUAAGGGUACCAAGUAAUGACAAUUUUUCCUAUUUCUAGGUUAUACUAAUUAGUAAUGUCAUUAUGAAAUACCAUGGGCCUAUGAGAUAUUACUCUGAUUUAAAGGAUAAGCUUCUGCAUCAUGUGUGUUCAUUAAAGUGUUUCCAAACGCAGGAAACUUAGCUUUUGGUUUGUUUUAGGUAUUUGAUAUUGUCGAAGCAUGAGGUCAAUGUUUAAUGGUGGAUUUCGUUGGGAACAUGAAAUGAGCUGAACAGUUAAAAAGCUUGA